UCCACGCACGCCUCGACGAUCGAGCGAAUCGAGAUCACUCCGCCAUGGCCGGCGAUCUGGCCCCCGGGUUCCGCUUCUACCCCACGGAGGAGGAGCUCGUCUGCUUCUACCUCCGGAACAAGCUCGACGGCGUCCGCCGCGGCGACAUCGAGCGCGUCAUCCCCGUCGCCGACGUCUCCGCCCUCGAUCCAUGGCAGCUCCCAGAGGCGCACCGCGGCGCGUUCUCCGGGGCCGUGGAGCCGUGGUUCUACUUCUGCCCGCGGCAGGAGCGCGAGGCCCGGGGCGGCCGGCCGAGCCGGACCACGCCGUCGGGGUACUGGAAGGCGGCAGGCACCCCGGGGUUGGUCUACGCCGCCGACGGCCGCCCCAUCGGGACCAAGAAGACCAUGGUGUUCUACCGCGGCCGCGCGCCGGCCGGGGCCAAGACAAAGUGGAAGCUGAACGAGUACAAGGCUCUAGAGGUCGAAGACGAGGACGCCGCCGGUGUUCCGGCGCCGAGCCACGCUCUCCAGACGAGGAGCGAGUUCACCCUAUGCCGGCUCUACACCCAAUCCGGGUGCCCGCGGCAGUUCGACCGCCGGCCGAGCGCCGCCGCGGCGGUCGGCGGUGGCAGCGAGAACCCUACUGCUGCGGCUGCGUUGGCAAACGGGGAGGAAAUGGGUCGGAAGAGGAAAAGGGCUCCGCCGAGCGACGAUGACACAACGUCGAGCGACGGUGACGGCUCGACGCAGCAAAUACUCAGACAGAGAGGCACCGAUAGUGAGGGGCUCAACGACGACAUGGCCUACUGGUCAGAGUUCCUGGACUACGACUGGCUUUGAUACUGAAAAUUCAUUUCGGUGGGAGAUCGUGAAAAGGGAAAAAAAACAUGAGCGAGUUCUUUACAAACUUUUUUGGAGUUUUUUUUAGAACAAUACGAUUCUUAGAAUUCUUUUCCCUACUGCAAAAUAAAUUCGAAGCAGUAGGUGGCUAAUUUUAGGAGAUACCUUAAUGUAUAUUCAAUUCACCUGUGUAAUCUAAGUUUUAUACGAGCUUAAAAUUUGUACCAAAAUGUUUUGCAAAAAAAAGGUACCAAAAUGGCAGAA